UGGACUCGCAGCCACACCAACACACAUCACUGCAAUGACAAUGUGAUUAGAAGAUGCUGGCGUUUUGCAACAAAGACAAUGAAAUCCUUUAACGCGAUUAGCAUAAGAGAUUGUAUUGAAAAGAGUAAGAAUGAGACUCUAAAAGAACGCUUUUACAAAUAAAUAUAAUUAGUUUAAAGGCUACGGUUAGCUAGCUCAGCGCCUGCUACUGCUUUUCUAGAAUUAGCUUUGAAUUGACUACGUUACAAUUACAGCUAAUGUAGAUCUAUUUGUAGCUCAACAAUGGAGUUCUCUUUUGAUAUUAACAACAUCUUCCUAGAGCGGAUCACUGUGUUGGAUCAGAGCCUUGUUCCUGGUGAUAAAUCCGAAGGAAGGCCAGAUCUGCAAAGCAAAAUAGCUUCAGUUAUUGAUGAGCUUGGGAAAGCCUCCUCUAAGGCUCAACAGUUGCCAGCUCCAAUAACAAGUGCUGUGAAGCUGCAGUCCAACCAGCACAGCCUUUACCUUAUCAAGGAUGAAACCAGCAAUGGAGGCCAAGGAGCAGGAGUAGGGUUUCUCAAGGUCGGCUACAAGAAGUUGUUUCUCCUUGACCAGCGGGGAGCCCACUUAGAGGCGGAGCCGCUGUGUGUGCUGGACUUCUACGUCUCGGAGAGCCUGCAGCGCCACGGCUACGGGCUGGAGCUCUUUGACUUCAUGCUGCAGCACACGCAGAUGGAGCCGGCGCUCAUGGCCUACGACAGACCCUCAGCCAAGUUCCUCGCCUUCCUCGCAAAGCAUUACUGCCUGACUCAGAGUGUUCCUCAGGUGAACAACUUUGUGGUUUAUGAGGGAUUCUUCCUCAACAAAUCAGUGGGCCCGUCGAGAAAGGGUCUCCCAAAAAAGGUGGAAGGAGAGAUCAAGCCCUACUCUCUAAUGGAGAGAGAAGCGCUGCGCGGGGACCAGAGGGUGGGGCAGUGGCCCUUCCCGCCCCAGGUGGGAUCCUCCCCCUACUCGCGCUCCCACAGCGUGGGCUCGUCCCCCAGCCGGGCCCCGCCCGCCCAAGCCCCGCCCCAGGGGCCAGCUCCGGCCUCUGGUGGACCCCCGACGCCCCACUCCCUGCUCAGCGACCACCUCAAGGCAAGACGCACCAGCAAACACAAGCACACGGUUGCCAGGGGCAACCAUCCCUGUUGCCACAUCGACAGCAGCAGCGGUCUGAUGCUGAACCGGGACCAGGCGCCCUUCCAUCGGCCAGGUUGGAGGUUAGCAGACGUCUUGAGAGACAGAGGGACUGACAUACAGCCAGUGGGAAACACAAACACACACAGGCCCCGCCCACCUUCACUCCCCCCUCUGCUGGCGCCCAGGAAGCCCCCCGGCCCGGCGCCCCCCGCAGGCCGGCAUGAGUGGGCGCACCGCAUGACAGGGGCCCGAGGGGCUAAGACAGAGCUGCUGCCCAGGCGCCAGGCCCCGCCGGGCCCCUGGGAAGCCGGGGCCACACGGGGGGGCCAGAGAGCCCUGCUGGGAGGCCCCUGGUCCUGGACCCUGGGGGAGGGCCCCCACACGGCCCAGUGGGUCCGACAGAAGCAGGAGUACCGGAGCACCAGACCCUGGUGAACCCGGGGUAGAACUGAGGACCUCUGCCUCUGCUGCCCUGGGCUCACGGCUCUCCAGCGGAGCCGUCUUCCAGGGGUCUCGGUGUACGACCAACCCAGGGGGACAGCACUGUGGAUGGGCCUCGGUGUACGACCAACCCAGGGGGACAGCACUGAGGAUGGGCCUCAGUGUCGGAUCAACCCAGGGGGACAGCACUGAGGAUGGGCCUCAGUGUAUGACCAACCCAGGGGGACAGCACUGGGCCUCUGUGUCGGAUCAACCCAGGGGGACAGCACUGAGGAUGGGCCUCAGUGUAUGACCAACCCAGGGGGACAGCACUGGGCCUCAGUGUCGGAUCAACCCAGGGGGACAGCACUGUGGAUGGGCCUCAGUGUGCGACCAACCCAGGGGGACAGCACUGAGGAUGGUCUCUCCCUUCAUGAACCAGGAAAGGGCUAGGACUCAUCUUCACUGGUGAAGUGGGCUCCCCAUGCGAUGGUGCAGGACAGGAGCAGAGCCAUGUCCAGGGGGCUGACGGGGGUUAAAUAUGGAUUCAUAUUUGUCAGAUGGAACUUGCGCUGAUUGUGAGCUCGCUCUUCUGCCUUGGUGAGAAGGAAAAAGCCUCUGCACAUUACUCACCGCUUUAUUUGUAUUGAUUUAUAUUGUGUCAAAUGUUUUUCAGAAGUUAUAUAUAAUUAUUUGAAGCGUUAAUAAGAAUAAAAAAACAAUACGAUCCCAAAAUGAUUGUGCUCAUUUGUGUUAUCAUGGAAUGUAUUGUUUUGUUGUAAGGUUUGGAAUGAAACCGUAUUUACUCCCCAGACAUCAUCGGUGACCAAGAAGGAACUAAAAAUAACCAAAGGCAUUCAAACAGAAAUGUUAAAAGAUACACUGCCAUGGGUUUAGUUUCAGCUGUGUAUUCAUUCAAAAUGCAAAGGUAAUAUUUACUGUAUCAGAUUUACCCUUAACACAAGAAGUUCCCCUUAACCGGCUUGUGCCUUCGUGCCUUAUCAUAAAUACAAGUAUUUACCCAUUCUCCAUCUGAUGAAUACCAACUGAAAUGAAAUGAACCCUUUCAUUGCAUCACAUACUGUAUUUUAGUCUGCCUGAUGGGAGGAUAAGGAGACAGGAGACGUCUUC